AUGAAUCUGGAUCACAAAAGACAAUUCAAGCUUGCUAAACAGAUUUGGGAAUCAAUAGUUUUACGUGACAAAUAGAUUUAUUGAAGGGGAUGGGAUGGCCAGGGUAGAGGGUAUAGAACAAGAGGGAAACUAAGGAUAAAAUUCUGAGAGCAUUAUUAUCUAAAAGUAUGCAUAAGGGUCAAGCAGAGGAGUCUGCAGGUCCAGAAAGGAGACCAAGAACAGAUGAUCAGAGAAAGAUGAGGAGCAGUAGGAGGAGGAGGGAGAGUUUUAAGGAGAGAACUGCUCAUAGUGUCAUAGGUUAGAGAGGUCAGUACAGAGGAUUUCAGACACUGAUGACUUUGGCUUCUUUGCCUGAUUUUCUAGGCUAAAUAUGGCUCCUUAUACCCUUUCCCUCCAGCAGUUGGAAUUAAACUUUCAAAAACCCAUGCUCUCAGUGUUUUGCUCUCUGUCUGGUGUGAGGGAACCCUUGUGGGAUAGCUCAAUGGUGAAACAAAGAUUAUUGACACAUUCUGAACCCAGUGAAUGAUGUAAGUCCUUCCUGAUGCUGGCCAUGCACUCUUCUUUACAGUCAACUGCUGUCUGGUGACUUGUCUUAGUAUUUCACUUCUUUUCAGGACUGAUUUUAGAGGUGAGAUUAGUGAUUAGUCUGGGCUUUGAGUUACAAAUGGCUCACACUCACCUGCUCUCUGGUAACCCCCAUUCCAGUUUCAAGAUCUUAGGAAUCUAACCUUUUCUUUUUUCCUCCCAAGAUGAAAUUAUCUUAAAUAUAUCCUAGCAAUAAGUGGCACUAUUUCCAUUAUGGGAAGAGGAGAUAGCUAGUUUCCAGAUUAUAGCCAAGCAUAUUUUCAUAUAUAUAACAAGUGUAAAUUUAUAUAAUCUAGUAAGUCAUAGAAGCACAUGAAUAUUUGUGGAUGGAAAAAAGGAACGGAUAAAGGAAGUUAGUUAACUCUCUAAUUGUUUCAACAGAGAGAUAAGAUCUGAGAAAACUCGUCUGACAUUUCCCAUCUCAACAAUCUCUAGUUAUAGCCAUCGCUUUUGUAGCCAAAUUUGGAGAUAGCAACCCCCUGCUAUAGGAUUGAUUAUUUCUGCAGUGCUUCUAAUGCCAUCAUCAUCUUUCAGGUUUAGUCUUCUGUGUCAGUCCCUCUCUUUUAAGCUUGGUGGGUCCCCUGGACACAGAGCUUGAGAUGGUGAUUCUUGUUUAAGUGAUGUAUUGACAAACUACUGUCCUGAGAAGAGGGGUGAGAUGGGCAGGAUAGACAAGGGAGAGAAAGCUAAGCAAAGCUGUGGUCUCAGCAAAGUCUGGUUGCUCAGAAAGCUCUGGAGUACUCAUUGCAUCACAGCUUAGGUCCCAUCUGGAGGCAAGGCGACUAGCUCUUUGCACCUUUAUGUCAGGCAGUCAUUGACCUCUAGAUGUGUCCUGGGGUUCAGGUGGGCGGGUAUAGCAUAACUUCUGGGUGAAGUGCCUCUCAUUUGAUCAAGGAUAAUUUUCUGGAGAAAGGGAGAACUGUGAACCUUUAGUACUCCACACCCACUGCAAAUAUAGGUGCAUUGGUUUGGUGGAGGGGAUCUGAGUGAUAUACCAGUGGCACCCACUGCAGCUAUUGUUCCUUUUAUGAUACAAACUGGAUAGUCUGGACAAUGUAAGACUCUGGAUGGACAUUGGACAGGAGUAAAGUAUAGAGUCAGAGUUUAGAAUGAAGUUAGUUUGUCAGUUUUUAAAACUGGGUUAGGGAUUAUCAUAAUAAAAUAGGUAUUAUUAAGUUUUAGAUCAAGUUUGAAAUAGCUUCCAGAAUUAAGCGUUAGAUUAAUGUUAAAGUCUGAGUAAAGGUUAGAAUGAGAAACAUCAUUAGGAUUAGUGCUAAGAUUAGGUUACCAUGUUGAUUUGUGCUAGUAUUGCUAUAUUUGGAUUAGAAUUAGUUUUAAAGAUAGCCUAAUGAUAGAAUUACAGUUGGUACUGAACAUAGGGGAGCAUAAGGGUAGGACAGGGUAGAGGAAAUUAUGGGACAACAUAAAAAUAUCAUCUAAGUCUGUAUACUCAGUCAAUAGCCUAUUUUUUGUGAACUAAAUGAUGUAAAAUAUGCUUAGAAUUUUUGUUUUAGUAUUUUACUUGUUUUCAGGAUUGAUUAUAGAGGUGGGAUUAGUAAUUAGGACUGGGCCUUGAGUUACAAAUGGUGGUUAGAUUGAGUUUAGAAUAGAAUCAGAGUUUGGAUAGGCAAUGAAAUUAGAGUUAGAUAAGAGAAUAGGACAUCAGGGUGGAGGGAAGGAAGCAUGGUUUUGGGAUCCUGGAGUAUCUGACAAUGGCUUAUUUAUGUAUUCCAGCCUGUACCUGCUUGGCACUGGUUGAGGCUCCUCUUCUUCACUAUGGUGGACACCAAUGGCAGUGAAUCUAGUGCCACAUAUUUCAUUCUAAUAGGCCUUCCAGGCUUGGAAAAAGCUCAGUUCUGGUUGGCCUUCCCGUUAUGCUCCCUCUACCUUAUUGCUGUGCUAGGUAACCUGACAGUCAUCUGCAUUGUGCGGACUGAGCACAGACUACAUGAACCCAUGUAUAUUUUUCUUUGCAUGCUUUCUGGCCUUGACAUACUUAUCUCUACUUCAUCUAUGCCCAGAAUGAUGGCCAUCUUCUGGUUCAAUUCCACUACCAUCCAGUUUGAUGCUUGUCUUCUACAGAUGUUUGCCAUCCACUCCUUAUCUGGCAUGGAGUCCACUGUACUGCUGGCCAUGGCCUUUGACCGCUAUGUGGCCAUUUGUCACCCACUACGCCAUGCCACUGUGCUAACAUUGCCUCGUGUUACCAAGAUUGGCGUGGCUGCUGUGGUACGGGGUACUUCACUUAUGGCACCCCUGCCUAUCUUCAUCAAACGGCUGCCUUUCUGCCGCUCCAACAUUCUUUCCCAUUCCUAUUGCCUACAUCAAGAUGUCAUGAAGCUGGCUUAUGCUGACAUCCGUGUCAAUAUCAUCUAUGGCCUCAUUGUCAUCAUCUCUGCCAUUGGCCUGGACUCACUUCUCAUCUCCUUGUCAUAUCUGCUUAUCCUCAAGACUGUGUUGGGCUUGACACGUGAAGCCCAGGCAAAGGCAUUUGGCACUUGUGUCUCCCAUGUGUGUGCUGUUUUCAUAUUCUAUGUACCUUUCAUUGGGUUAUCUAUGGUGCACCGCUUUGGGAAGCGGCAUGACUCCCUCCUGCCCAUCAUUAUGGCCAACACCUACUUGCUUGUUCCUCCUGUGCUCAACCCUAUUGUUUAUGGAGUGAAGACAAAGGAGAUCCGGCAGCGUAUCCUUCGUCUUUUCCAUGUGACCACCCAUACUUCAGAUCCCUAGGUGUCAGUGAAAAUUUCUUUUCCUCUCAAAGUUUUUCAAUUCAGAUUUUAAUAUCAACAUUUUGGAAGACAUUAUUAGGAAAAAAAAACCUUCCCUAAUAGAAACACAACGGAUACCUUCAAACAGGAAAUUGGUUGGAGAAUCUCUGUAUGGAUAGGGGCAGCAGAACCAUACACUCCCAAUCCCUGUUUUUAAAUAUUAUUUUCACUUUAUAAUUCUCUUUAUAUAAUUAUUAAAACCCUGAGAUGGGUUGUGGCUGGAGAGCUAUUUCUUCCCAUUUAACCAUUUAGUCCAAAUCUCUGCUUGCAUUGAUAGUCCACAGCAUUUCUGAGAUGAGAGCUGUACAUCUAAGGGACAUUGAUCAAAAGUUAAGCAUGGCAAGAGUAAAAUAAACACACAAAAAAAGCACAAUAUAAUCAGGUAAUCUUGCUUGAAACUAUGAUUUUUUCUUCAGAAUCCCCAACUGUAUUGGAUCCCAGGAAAACAGAUGUACCGGGAUUUCUUUCUUCAAAAUGAUCUCCACAGAGAAUAAAUAAUUUCUUUUAUUCUAGGAACCAGCUCUCAAGAGGAGGAUUAGAGUAGAACCUUGAAAAUACUACAGUUACCUACCUUAAUGAAAGAUGACACACUCUGUUCUGAGCAUUUUUACAGAUCAUGGAUACUUUCCCUUCACUAUCUUAUCAGUGUUUUUAUCUGGGGAGGAAUAUGAUUAGAAUCAUCAUUAUACCAAUGGGAGAAUUGAUACUUAAUGGGGAUCAGUGAAUUAUAUGAAGUCACAAAAAUUGUCUUUUGAUAUCCGUAUUGUGGGGAGGGACUGUUAGAGAAACCUGUGAGGUAGUGAGUUAGACAUUUCAAAAGUCUUGCAUUUUUUUUAGGGGAGGUAUUUAAUUUCCUUCCUCACUCAUUUAGUAUUGCAUAUAGGAAUUUCCUGUUAAUGUUGCUGAUGGCUUUAAUUCCAAUAGUUCCUGGUCCAUUUGCCACCAUACCUGGGUAGUAACAGCAGAAUGUGUUUGGGACAUUCCCAAACAGUGGCUAGUUUGGAAAAUAGUAUGAUUAGCAGUGGGGUCACUCAAAGACUACCUAGAGAGACACUUUUUGGAGAAAUGCAGCUGAGAAGACCUAGAAGCUCAUGACAGAAAUGACAGGUCUCUCACAGACCAGGGUCUAGAACAGGAAGCAUCAUGAGGCUGAGCAAGGCCAGUGGCCCAUGUGGCUAGCUGGGAAGCAAGGUUAAGGCAAGCAUGGAUCCAAAGAAACUAAAUAGAGCAUAUCAGUGGAUACAGCCUAUCCCCUAGGCUCUGAAUGGCCCUGUGGGUGAAGCCCACAACAUCAGUGCUUGGAGAACAAGGCUGUAGGAGAGGCCAUAAAGACUAGUAUUUAGCAUGAAUAUAGUCCUAGAGGUGUACUUAGGCACAACACUUCUAGAUGGAAGCAGAAUGGGAAGGAGAAGGUGUGGGCGCUACAGGAGUGCAGCAGGAAUAGACAGGGAAGAAAUGAGACCAUUACCCAUGGAACACUUGUUAGACCUAAACAGAAGCAGGUAGUAUAGUAGAAAGCUUGGCACAGAACCCGCCAGAAUUUUCUGGCUAUAGCUAGCAGACUGCUUGUUAGAGAGGGUAUAGAGAGAGCACAUGUGAUUUCUUGGACUGGAAUCCAGAAGAUGAGAAUUGUGAGCAGUAUGGGAUCUGAUAUGCUCAGGUGAGUGGUGGCCAGCAGAACUAGGAGCAUGAACUAGAGUCAGUGCAGGCUUUGGUCAUUUUGGGCAGAGGAGUGGCCCCUUACCCAGUAAAGCCCUGACAUUGGGAUUGAGAGAAAGAGAAUUAAAGAGAGAGAAACAGACAGAUUUUCUUUCUUAUUAGGAAAGCAGUAUAAUAAACUUUUGACAUUCCCCAAAUACAAAAGAAAAGUAUAAUAAACUCCAAUAAAGUUGUCACAUUGAAAGACAAACAUUGUUAGCAUUUUUGUGUUUAUUUCUCCAGAUUUUUAAAGGUGUUUGUAUGCAUGCUUCUGUAUGGACAUAUGAUGAAUGUGUGUUACCAGUUUUGUAUUUGAAAGCCCGUUAGAUACAGGGAUAAUCAACAGAUAAAUCGGACACAUUUAAAUUUUUUUUAAUUUAAAGAUACAGCCAUUAUCCUAGAUUUUAGAAGGGAUUCCAAGUCCGUGAUAGUAUGCUCAUGAUAAGUUUCAUGGCUUUAAUCUUAAGUGACUUAACCAUUUUGUGAGUAUAAACACACACCACCACCACCACCACCUUCCUUUAUCUAAUGUUUUAAUAAAUACUAAAUUAUUAAAUGCCAGAUAGAGACAAAGCUAUAGCAGGACUCUUUUAACUUCUAGGUCAGAUUUCUGGUCAUUUAUUUAAUGACUACUCACUGGGUCACCUGGAAGGGCCUGGAGUUAAGGACUAGAAUGAGAGGGAUAGGCUGCCUCUUUCAGGAGAUUUGGCUGGAAGUUAGGGUAUGUUCUGGCAAAGACCUUCAUCAUGUGCCUUUCACAUAGGUAUCCUUUUACCUUCUCCAUUUCCUUUGUUUAGGCAUUGCUGCCUCUGACCCUGCUGCCUCAGCCACUUGGACCUUUGUUCGGUCCUGGAGGAGUCUGAAUAAUACUAAAUCUCAGUCUAUAAGUCAGUCAUUUUUUUUAGGUUUAUUUAGAAAUGUUUCAUAAAUGUGGCUUGUGUUCUCCAUUCUGCUUACCAGUGUUCUGGUCCAGAUACUUACCUCUUGCUUAGAGGAUUGCCAUACUUUCACAUUUGUCUCCUUGCCUUAAACAUCUUGUGCACGAGUCCUAAAUCCCAUGUAGUUUGCAGGAAUUUUUCCAAACACAAUUCCGAUUAUCUUGCUCCCCUACUUAAAAUCCAUUGAGGAUCUUUUAUUGCCUUCCAUACAGAGUUACUUCUUAGAAUGACAGUAGGCCAUUCUUUUUUACUUUUAUAUAUGUUCCCAUCUUAUUUUUUCUGUGUAAAAUCUCUAAUUUUUCCACGUAGUGUGUUUUUCAGCUACUUUAUAAUACUUGCUAUCUCUCAAUGAUUUCAUGCACUUUUAAAUCCUCUAUUUCACUCUGUUUCCUUUGAAUUGCCUUUUGCCAUUUUUUCUUUUUAGCAACACUUGAUAAAAUGAAACUCUUUUAUCAUUUGUCAGGCCAAAAGAGGCAUUUUCUCUUUAGUGUCCCUAGACCUCUUGGUUCAUACUUUAGAACUGGACCAUUUACAGUUCAGAAAAGUUUGAGUGAGCUUCUGAGUCAUAUACGCUCAAGUUAAUAAAAUAUACUAUAUUAUUACUUUAAUUAAAUUGAAAUAAGACUCCUUUGGGUGCAAUGAGCAUACAUGUGGAGAGUCUGUCUUUAAGAUAGACAGACCUGAAUUUGGGAAAGUGCCGUAUUACACCAUUGGUUUAGGAGUUCAGAGUUGAUGUUUGUUGUUUAUCUCUUAAGGUACAGUAGUCCCACUUCCUAUCCACAGGAGAUACAUUCUAGGACCCUCAGUGGAUGCCUGAAACUGCAGAUGAUAUAUACUAUAUGUACUGUACGAUGCUUUUUUCUAUAUAUACAUACCUAUGAUAUUGUUUGAUUUAUAAGUUAGGCACAAUAUGAAAUUAACAACAUAAUUAAUAAUAAAAUAGAACAAUUAUACUGUAAUAAAAGUUAUAUGAAUGUAGUGUCUCUUUUUCAAAAUAUUUUAUUGUACUGUAUACUCACCUUUCUUCUUAUGAUGAUGUGAGAUGAUAAAAUGCCUACAUGAAGAGAUGAAGUGAGGUGACUGAUGUAAGCAUUGUGAUGUAGUGUUAGGCAACUACUGACUUUCUGAUGAUAUGUUAGAAGGAGAUUCAUCUGCUUCCAGACUACAGUUGAUUGUGGGUAACUGAAACCACGGAAAGUGAAGCCAUGGGUAGGGGGGCACUAUUGUAUUCUCAAAACUUCUUGUUCAUUCCCGGACAUCUCAUAGCUUUCUUUAUGUUAGACUGGAUCCAAAGGGAAUGAAGAUGAUGCAGAAUCAGAUUGUAGUCUGCCUUUUCUACAACUAAGGGAGCCAACAGGAUACAGGGCUUUUAAUUCUAAGAAAGUUAAAGAACAAGGGGAUGGAGAAUCAGCUGCUCUUCUUCCACGGUCUUCUUCCCAGACAUGUCCAGAUCCCUGACUUACUUCCAAAUCCAUUUCCUCCUCCUUCUCCUCUUAUUCUUCCCUUUCAUCUUUUUCACGACCACGAUUGACAGGAAAUGUAUUCCCUACCUUUGUUUUUAAGCUGUUUUUGUGAGUUAUUGUUCCUUAUUAAAAUAUAGAUAUAUCAGUAGAGAGAAGCCACACUUUCAAAGAUAGCGAGUGUGACAUUUGGAAGGUAAAAAUUGCUUCUAGUAAAAAUCACCCAGAAAAAGUAUCCUUAGAAAAGGUGGCUGAUGGGAAGGAGGACCUUAAGAAGGAGUGAAAGAUGUAUCACCCUUUCUUUAUCUAACUUAGAACGUCUUAGGUCUUCCAAGAAGUUUUCCAUCUUAUCUAAGGUGUGAAAUUUAUUGGUACAUUUUCUUACAAUCCUUUUAAUAUCUGCAGCAUCUGUAGUGAGAUCACCACUCUCAUUCUUGGUAUUGACAGUUUGUGUUUUCUCUCUUUUUUCUUUCCUGUUCAGUUUGGCUAGAGGCUUACCAAUCUUAAUACUUUUCUCAAUGAAAUAUAUUUUGGUUUCAUUGAUUUUCUUCAUUGUUUUCUUUUCUUUCUGUUUUGUUGAUUUUCUCUGUUAUUUUCUUUCUUCUGCUUACAUUGGAUUUAACUUCCUCUUAUUUUUCUAG